AUGUCUGAUGUUUUCUCAACUACUCAAAGAUUUGGUACACAAGAAGAUGUCAUAAGAUGGAUUAAAGAGAUCAAAAUCCAAAAUAAAAUAACAGCUAUUAUCACUCGUUCAGAUGUUGAAACAUGCAAGAGAGGAAGAAGUAACAAAUUAAUAUUUGGUUGUGAUAAAGGUGAAAAACACAAGGAUACUUAUGGUGGUACCCAAAGUGCAACGAAAAAAUGUGGAUGUCCAUUUAAAAUCAGGUCAACUCCGGCGAAAGAUGGAUCUAGAUGGAAAGUUGAUGUAAAAUGUGAAGUUCAUAACCAUGGUUUAUCUGAUAGAUUAGAAGGCCUCUCCUUUGUUGGUAGGUUGAGAGCGGAUCAAAAGAAACAUUUUAUUGAUUUGACAAAGAGAAAGGUUUCACCUAGACAUAUAUUGCUUUCCUUGCAAGAGCAAAAUCUAUAG